CGUAGGUGACGUAAGAGGAGACGUUUCUUUAAGGGUGGAGGUCGAGCUCACUUCAGGGCCUGAAACAGUUUAAUACACAUGUGUACAAGUUUCUGCCUGUAGCGGACCUCUGAACAACAUGAGCGCUUUGACGAGGUUGGGAGGAGAGUUUCUGCUGUGGCUGUUGUUGCUGUACAGAGUGAACACAGUGACCUGCCAGGAUAAAAUCGAAGGAUUCAUCGGAGACACCGUCCUGCUGCCCUGCAUCUACAGGGAGGUCCACCUUCUACUAGACCCUGUCUCCGUCUUCUGGAGGGACCAAAACGACUGGAUUGUACUGGACAUUAUAAGAAAUGUACCAUACAAUUUAACCCAGAACCAGAAAUUCAAAGGUCGAGUGUCCAGUUUCCAAGAGUUCUACAAGAAAGGGAACUUCUCCAUCUUCAUGAAGAACGUCCAGCAGUCGGACAGCGGCCCGUAUGAGUGCCACAUCCCAAAGGUGGACUUCCAGCUGCAAAUCUCCCUCAGCGUCUCAGAUAAACGUGUUGAAGCAGCGACUCCUCCUCCUGGACCAUCAGAUGGCGCUGCGGUAACACCGAACAUGGUUCUGCUGUUACUUCCUCUGUCUUUGUUGUUAAGUUCUUUUCACUAGGAAGGUGUUACAGCUUAAACGCAGCUUACACUAAAGCUAAAGUUCUGGCAGCUUUGAGGAAAGAAACUGAAGAAGAGUUCAAUUCUAAAAGGAAAAACUAGCUUUAAUUUCAUAACUGAAACACACUUAAAGUCUCAGCGCUGCUUUAGAAAGUUCCAACAUUUAAUGUUCAACUGUUGACAGUGUGAGCUUAUAUUAUUAUAAGAUUAUUACAGUUAAUAAUCUUAUAAUGUUACCUAAUAACGUUGUUAAUGUUACUACUACUGCUGACUGCUGCCCCCUCUGGGACGGUGUUAAUAACCAGCUGACUCUCCUCACUGCAGCCAUUAGUAACCUCCUCCUCUUUUCAUUUCAGUCGCUGCACUCUCACUGUUCUGUUACCACAGUUUACUGUCGCCUUCCUGCUGUGAACGACGACUUCUAAUUAUAUUUUUAUUUAGAGUUAAAGCCUCUUAAAACCCGUCAGAAACAAAAGACAGAUUUAAUGAAACCACAAGACGUCAGAUCCUUCAGAAAGCCAAACAUCAUGAUACCUUGUGCGGAGUAAAAGUAAAGAGAAUAUAUCUGGUUGUGGUAAAAAAAAGUCUGAUCAGUUUAUUAGGAACCCCGAGCUAAAGCUGAUGCAGUCUAAACAACAACUCUGCAGUCAAUCAACUGUAGGAUCCUUUUGGAGUUUGUAGGACUUUAUACCGCAUCACUUUGAGCUUCAUGUACCUGAACUAAACUGAACGUACACCGAUCAGCCUCCUGACUUAAUAACUGACCGUCACAGAUUCACGUGUUCCUGCUCUGUCAUCAGGUAGUUUGACUUCCUGAAGGAUCAUUCAGUGGUGUUACAAAACAUGCAGCUGUUUGCACUUCUCUCAUCGUCCAAUGAGAGUUCGAUGUGGAGGAACGCUGCGUUUCUGCCGUGCAGCUUAAACUGUCUGCAGUCAGCAAAAUCAUUUCCAUUGGCUGUUUUGUCAAAAUUGAUUUAUUAUUUUCCCUGUUGUUUACAAACAUCGGAGCUCCUGAACGCAGCUGAAUGAAGCUCUGCUGUCACAUGUUAUUUCUGAUUUUGCUGUAAAACAAGAAGUUUAUUUAUUUCCUGUCUCGUAGUGGAUUGUGUCUGUUUAUAACCACAUUUCUGAGCUGAGGCUAACGUUACAUGUGCUCUAUAAAGCUAAUCAGAGGCGUCAGUCAUGCUGCUGUGUGUUUUUAAGGCAAACGCACUUUUCUAUCAACAAAGCAUCAAAUUGUGAGCUUUGUAAACUAUGUGAUAGUUCAUUACCUACUGAGUUGGUCUUGAAAGCAACGGUUAUCUUUGCAUACCCAGGUUCGAUUCCCAUCCUAGCUCACUGUGAAUUGAUCAAAGAUACAUGUUGUUUAAACUUAAUGCUGCCAAUGUAAUGUUUAAUUCCCACUGACUUGCAAUGAUAGUUUUUAAAUUUUUAUAUUGUUUCUCUUUUCUAAAUGAAAACAGUGUUUACAUGGAAUAAAUUUUUCAUAAGAUUA